CACUCAACUGUCAAAAAGAAAACGGAUCGUUCGUUCCUUGCACUUUUUAUCGGAAACGCUAAAAUCGUAAAAAUAAUAGAUUUUCUAUGGAUUUAGAGUAAUUAGAAUACUUGUACUUAUUAAUUUUAAUUAUGUUUUGGAGCGGAAAUUAUAUGGUAGUUAGGCAGUUGAAUUUUCUUCUAAAAGAAGAGAACGUAACACUAGCGCAGGUAUUAGAAGCGGAUGAUAUUUUGCAAGAAUGUCAAGCGGACAACAAAGCUUUGAUGCAAUUCCUAACAAGGCCAAAGAUACUGGCUGAACUUAUAACACUCAUAACAGAGGAACCACCAAAAAAUGUGGAACUCGCCUCACAGUAUAGGCAUGCAAGCAUUGCAUGUGAGGUUCUCACAAGUCAUCUGUCCACACUCAGCGACCGCUUGUCAAUGGAUGUGGUGCAAAUGAACAGGCUAUGUGAUUUCAUCAAUAGAGAGCCGCCACUGAACCCUCUACUGGCAUCAUACUUUAGCAAAACAGUGGAAAUGCUGCUAGAGAGGAGUCCUAAACAGGCGCGCCCCGGGCCGGACCCGAAUAAGUUGUCGGCGCUGAUGCUCCCUAAAGUACUAAGGAACCUCUGUUUUACCCAGGACUGGUACCUAUACCACAUAGUGUGCCUGCGGGUGCUCGAUUUCUUCAAGUCCCGCCGGGACUUCCUGCCCAACUUGCUGCGCCACAUAUCCACCUCCGCCAUUGCGGAUACCUUCAAGUACUUUAUAAGACUUGAUGAUCUUUUCAACAAAAUUAUAAUGGAGUGGUUCGAGGAGCACCAGUUCCUGGAGUGCCUGAUCCAGAUAAUCUGCGGGACGUACGUGCCGGAGCCGCUGGCCCCCAGCCAGGGGGGCGGGGGCUCCCCGGACCGCCCCGAGAAGGGCCAGCUCGAGCCCAGCGAGAAGGCCGACGCUAACCACACUGCACACGACACCGAGGGCUUAGAAAAUAACAUAGAGGAGAAGACCGAGGCCCAUGAAUCAGCUAGCGUUAUAGUUGAGGGCAAGGGUUCGGCCACCGUGCCACAAGCGGCGGCGGAUACUGUAGCGGGCGCGGAGGCGGCGGCUGCGGCGGAGGCGGAGAUGAAGGCGGAUAGGAUCGCCGCCGUCGCCUCCGCUAACGCAGCCGCCUUACUGUGCGAUCUUAUACUGAGCGGGUGUGCCGGAGAUGGAUAUAACACUAGGGCGCGCACGAGUUGGGCGCUAGUGUCCCGCCUGGCGGGCGGUGGCGGGGGCGGGGGCGGUGGGGGCGGGGGCGGGGGUGGGGGCGGUGCUGGGGGCGCGGAGGCGGGGGCCGCGCGACUGCUGGCCGGCAUGUUCACCGCGCCGCCCCGGGCCCGGCCCCACGCGCUGGUGCACGGCGCGCACGUGCUGCUCGCGCUCAUGGACCACGACCCCGCGCAGGGCGGGGAAUGCGAGACGCGCGGGGAACGAAGCAGCGUCGAACUGGCAGUGGCUCCACACGUGCCUCUACUGCAUCAGGCCUUACUGGAGGAGCCCGCGGGGGGGCACGCGGGGGGAGUGGGGCUGGCGAGGGUGCAAGUGGCAGCGUUACUGGCCCAGUUGGCCCUCUCCGAGGUGCAAGAGGUUUGCAGCACCAUGAUCACGCUGGGCACUCCCGGCGUGGUGCUGGACUUGUUCUUCCGUCACGCGGAGAACAACUUCCUGCACGCGCAGGCGCUCGCGCUCGUCAAGCACGCGCUCAACAACCGCGUCUACCGCACGCAGUACGCGCGACACUUAUUGGUGGAGUGUGAUUUACUAACGAGGCUCAUGGAUGCUUAUGAAGAGAAUGAAAAUCCAAAAGAGGGUCGUCCCCGCGCGGGGUACAUGGGCCACGUGGUGGGGAUGCUGCGAUGCGUGCAACCCUUACUGGAAGACGGGGGGGAUCUCCUCCCCUCCUUGCCCGAUGUGACCGUACAGCGGUACAAGGAUCUCUUCGCGCGGUCAUUGCUGCCCCUGCUGCAGAGAUUGGACACGCCACUAGGCGGGUACUACCCUUCGGAGAACACUUAUGAGUUUAACGAAAGGAUGGAAGAUGUGCCCGCAGACAUUUACCCAGAUGAAAAUAACGAGUUUAACGAAGCGGCAACGGCCGGAAUUGAGGACGUGCCCGCUGACGACGUUAACGCGUUGGAGAGUAAGAACGAGUUCUUGGAGCUGGCGAGUCGCCGGUUCGAUGACGAUAUGUGGGAAGAUUCACCGGCUGAAGAUAGGGAUGAUGACAACAUAGAAGACUCGGCCAAAGAACAAGUGCGGGAGGUGCUAUCGCAACCCUCGCCGUGGGAUUCCGGGUUCGGGCGGGGCGGGCAGGGGUCGGGCGGGGCCGAGGCUGGGGGCGGGGCCGGAGGGGGGGCCGGCGGGGGGGCCGCAGGGGGGGCCGGGGGCGGGGAGGGGUGGGCGCAGUUCGAGCCCGCCUGCUACUGGCCCUACCAAGCAGAAAACUCAUCCCAAGAGGACUUAGAGCAGAACAUGCGCAAUCUACAGCUAGAGAACGAGUUCGAGAAGUUGGACGGAUCUAGCGUUGAGUUAGCGAAUAAACUACUUACCGCUAUGAGUGCAAUGCCACCCCAUCUCGUCGCCCGACUAGUGCCGUCCCUUCACCAAGAUGAUCAGGAUAAUCCACUGCUCCCUGCUGACAAACUGUGGAAUUCCUUGCCUGAGCCCUUGUUCCCCGAGCACUACAAUCUAGCGGUCUUCAAAGCAAGAGUGUACCGGUUUUUAUUAGGUAACCGCGCUCCAUCGUAGACCAUAAUAUUGCUUUCCAUCAGGCGAAUAAUGGUUAAGCGCUUACCUAUUACCGAAUAAAAAAAAAAAAGUCAUUAAACUGCCACAAGAUGUUGGUCGCACUGUAUAGCUUGCAUUUAUGUUCAACUCUUGUGGUGGUCAAGGGUACAUCAGCAGGCGAGACCUUGCUUCUUAGGAUAACUUUGAUAACUUGGAAGAGUUCGUACUCGUAUGGUUAUAUCUGGUACCAGACCAGGGUGGAAAUUUUGUAAUUGUGUUUUGUUAAGCUCAGUACCCCAGACAUCGUACAGCGCCCUCGGUUCGAGUUAGUUAGCAGUGUAACUGUUGGAUCGCGGGCAAACGCGACUGCCGGGCGCAGUCAUGCGACGGCAAUAUUGCCAAGUCAUGUCUUCCAGACAUUUUGACGUUUAUUAAACAUAGUUCUACUAAUAGAGCAGAAUGGAAUGAAAUAAGAAUUAUAGUAAACCCAUAAAGAGUUAAUUCAAGAUUCGCAUUUCCAGAUACAUAUAAUAUUAUAUAUUUUUUAAAUCUAAAGAAAAUUUAACUAGAAAAAGUUCCAUGCGGACAGCAGACGGGGGAAAAAAUUAUAAAAAAAAUGUAAAAAAAUUAUAAUUGUAUAAUUUGUCAGAAAAUGGAUAUUAUAUAAUUUUAAACAAAGUAAAUGAAAUAAAUUAAAUGUUUUUUUUCUCAUGCUGUUACAUCAGUAGAACCAAAUGGAAUAGUUUGAUUGGAUACAUACACGCGUUUGCCCUGGGUCUGCCACAAUUGUACUUUUAUAUGGUAUUCUAUUGAUAGGAGGUGUACUAGUGAAAUAUAUUAGCGUUUUUGUAUCAGUCAAGUGUGAUAGAACUUGUGAUCCUUUAUACGCUGUACCGGUGUCGCUUCCUUCUUCCAACGCAGUGUGUGUUGUACAGGACUUUAUGUGAUAAAUUUGUAUAUGCCAGAGUAUAGUAGGUAUACUUACGCCAUCGUCCGUCUUGCAUCGAUUUUAUUUGGAAAUAUCCGUACCUGUAAGGUCACGACACUAGAUACAUGUUCGCUGUGAAUGUCAAUCUUAUUCCGUCGCAAUAGAGGCGCUGUCGGUGUAUAGGUGUGUCCACUGACGUGGUGUUGAUUGUACGGGCUAAGUAUGUACGCAUUGCAAAAGUUAUUGUGUCCGUUUGACGAUUUGUGAAAACGAAUUGAUUAUAAGCCAAACUCUGCUGUCCUAAGUGUUCUUUAUGUUGGUGUUGGGUUUCGUAGAAUUAUGUAAGCCAAUUUUUACCUGUUACUGUGCCGAAAAUACUUAUUAAUAUGUUUUUAAGGUCCACUUAUAGCAAAUUUAAAAAUGUCGAUUCAACCAAAACUAGAUUUAACCCAUAGAGAAAUGUAAAAAAGUCAAUGUCAAUUUUACCUUUUUUCGUAUUAUCACCUUAUAUCUCUUAAGUUAUAAAGGCUAAGUUUUUUAUAAAUGGUUAUUUAACUGAAGAAAGAACAAAUAAGACCACUAUAAAAAGUAAAGUAUAGAUUUUUGUGUAAAUCUAUUUCUGAUUUAGACAUAACUUUGUAGUUUCCUCGAACAGCAAAGUAUGGUCAGGCCAUGUCAAUGGAUACACCAGCACCUUGUAAUACAGUCGUUGUUGCUACUCAAUAAAUAUACUGUCAAUGUAUCCGCCAUCGUGGCUUCUGUCAUUUAUCACCGUUGUGUUGUAGCUGAAGAUGUCUAUGUCAAUUUACUAUGUUAGAAUCUAUGUAAUAUUAACAGACGUCAUCGGAUAUAUUGGUAGCGGACAAACAUAAAUAAUAUCUAUAUAUUUUUUUAUAAGUUUAGUAGCAGCUAAAAAUAUUAAUAAAUGCUAAUACAACUAAAAUAUAAUGUUGAAUAAAAUCAAAGACGAUUGUGUGCAACGAAAUACCGACCAUAAUGAAGUUUUCUUUUAUAUUAUCGCCAGAAACUUUUGAAUUGCGUCUAUACUCCCGAACUCAUCUAUAGAGGGUGUUACAAAAAUACAAAUAAAUUUGAAGGCCGUUGAAGUACAUCAUAUAAGGAGUCUUCUCUAAUUUUCUUAAAAUAUUUGCAUGCAGUUUUAACUUUUUAUAAAAACAGUUAUUUUUAAUGAUCCUCGAACUAGUGACGUAUCUUAAAAAGAUCGAUAUUUUUAUUAAUCAUUAAAAAUAACUGUUUUUAUAAAAAAAUAAAAUUCAUGCAAAUAUUUAAAAAAAAUUAGAGAAGACUCCUUGAUGUACUUCAAUGUCCUUCAAGCUUUAUUUGUAUUUUUGUAACACCCUGUAUGUAGGCCCACUUAGCAUUUUAAGUUUUGACCUAUAUGGUUUUGACGGUAUCUAGUUAACAAUAAAUAUUACAUUGAGCAAAAAGUUUUUACACAGUUUUGAAGCUGAUUUAUUAACCAUUUCGUGCGUUUUUAAUAAAAUAUAUUAUUAUUGCUCAACCUAACCUAAUUAUAUUUUUGCUACAGACCGUUGAAACAUAUAACACUAAGUGGGCCGAUGGAUGUACCCGGAAGUGUACUAAUUAGAUAAUAAUAAUUUGGAUUAACGUAAUUAUGUCAACAUAGAUACGAAACGUAGUCUAUGCCUAUAUGUUGCACAAAGUCCUUGCUUUAACAUAUUAUAGGUUAAAAUUUAAUUUCUGAAUGGUUCGCUAAGUUUAGAAUAGAUCGUGUCGUCCGCUACAAUAUAUGCGAUGUCCACUGUACCCGCAGCGGCUGCUGUAAUUAACUUCACUAUGAUUGUGAUCCGUUCAGCAUAUUGUAUAUGUAUGUAUAGUUUGUAUCGGUUUCGAGUUGAUAUAAGUUGGUACGUAUCGUUUUGUAAAUACUGUGUGUAGGCGCGCGUAGACGUGAAGUGGGCGGCGCGGGCGCAUAAUGCCCGCGUCUCAAACGAGAACUGUGCCUUCCGGGCGAACUGGGCCGCGGCAUACCUUAUCAUAUAUACCUAACUGGCCUCACGUACCCCUGCCGCCUUCGGCCCUUCUCUUCAUCAUAUACGAAAAAAAAAUCUUUUUACCAACUGGUUAUGGGAUAACAGUACUUCCAUUUUCAUAAUUGCUUCAGAAAACCAACCAAGAAAAUGGGAAAAUAUAUUUCGUCGGGUCAGCAAAGGAUGAGCGUGCGAAUCCCGUCUGAUGCCUGGACGGAGUUGAAUUUUUAUAUUUAUUUGUUUAUAAUAGUAAAAAAAAUCUCUACGUUUAUAAAAAUAGCAGGUAAAUGCUUAAAACUACAAACAAAAAGUUGAUAUUAACUACUUAAGAAAAAGUUAAUUGUAAAAAUUUCGUGUUCUAAUUGUAUUAUUUAGGUAUAACCAGAAUCAAUUGGUUAAAUCGAGUUCAGAAAAUGGAGGAGAUUAUCGUAUUUCAUAAGUUGAGAAAAAGAGAAUAGAAAUUCUUCAUUCGUAGAUGAUUAAGAAAGUGGACCAAAGGCCCUCUAUCCCCCCUCAACCCGCACCCCCCUACCCCCUCCUUAUACCCAGCCGCGCCCCACCCGCCUGAGACAUGAUAAAUGCUCGUAAUUGUAUUCUUAUUGUAUUUAUAUCAUAGUUAAAAAGUUUUAUUAAAAAAGUUGCUCAAUACAUACGUGUUUCACUCAUAUACAUAGUAAUCAUCCCCUCUCCUGGAAUAGGAAUUAGAAAUGAAAAGGCCGUUUUUAAUUUUUUGAUAUAAUUUUAUUCUCAUAAUUUAUUUUUAUAUAAUGACUAUAAUCAUCUACCAAACUAAAUAAUCAAUAUAAUUCAACAGCAUCCUUUAUAUACAAUAUGUAUAGUUAAUAGUUUUUUUUUUAUAUUUAAUAAUUUCCUCGUUUCCGAACGAUUAAAAAAGAGACAGUCGUCUAAUCCAUACAAAAUAAUGUUGAAAUGAACUACGAUCGUUACAGAUUAACAAGUAAUAAUUUGCCACAAGUUUUUCUUAUUUAUUUACAAUUCUUAUUAUUAAUUUAGUCCCAUAAUUUCCAAAUGAAUCGUCAGCGUAAAAAUGGAACCAUCGCCGGUAGUGCGCUGACCGGCGCGCGCGUCGCCUGGCGACCGUCUGAAUCUACUAACUUAACGCCGACACGCACCGGCUACCGGCAGCAGUGUGGUCACACUGCCGGCCCGAGCCAACAUAAAUAUCUGAUAAACUAUGACAUUCAAUCUGUAAACAACAUACGCAUACAAUUCUUUUAAAUACAUAAUAUAAUACGGAUGCUAGCACUCGCCUACUCUGAACGGAGAACGUGAAAAGCUAACGAUAACGAAUGGCAGAUGGCGCAUGGCGAGUCUAACUUCGACUGUGAUUCGGAAAUGAAAAAUCUACCUUAGUCUUUACGUAGAAAUGCUAGACGCGUGUCAAAAGUGCGACCGACGCCCGAUCUACUAGGCACGCGGUCGGUUGAUAUAUUCGACUGAUAUGCGGCAACUGCAGACUAUCCGUUGCGAGCGAAGUCCACGCUCAGCGUAACAGCUAAAACCCGGUAAACUCCGAUAAGAAAAUAUCCUCCCGUCCUAACUCGACUCUGUACCAAAAUAAUCUGGUUAAAAACAGCCGCGGAGCGCCGACGGCGCGUCCGCGGUUAAAAUCUAAACUAAAACGCUCACCGAUCUCGUAACAAGUAUUACGUAGGUAUCUAUAAGACAGCGUUAACACGGUACAAACCUUUGGCAUCCGACAAUAAUAAUAAUAUAGCUUGAGGUACGCUAAGUAUAGUGAAACAGAGCUAGCAUCUCUAUACAAGAGUAAGUAUAAAACUCGAAGCGUAGAAGGAGAACGCGGGGCUUGCGUGUGCGCAUCCCCACUCACUGCCGUAACCCACUACCUGCCAUUAGUCUUGUUCACACAGCAUAGGUAGUAGUAUAAUGAAUACGAGUUUGGAUUAUGAAUCUUGUUACAAUUACAAAAGGAGGAAGUCUGUAAGCCGGAUAUAUGCCACACUAUCCAUGCAGUGUGAAGAAGACUACCCACACUGCCGCCACCGACACCUCCAGCCACCCUCGCUACUCGACCCAUAAUUCACGUUGAAACUUAUCAAUUAUCACAACAUCUACCUACUAGCACCCUGUCCAGAAACAAGCAGGAUUUUAUGCCAUAUUUAAAGCGUAGAGGGUGAUAACUGUUGCAGUUUGGAAACAUUUUUUAUCACAAAUUCGGUAAUCAGGUCUGUCCCAUACAAUUUCUCGAAAGACAGUUUCGUUCUUUCAAAGCAUUCACUUCAUUAAAAUGCAGCAAUAAUUGUAUUUUAUAGUUAUUCAGUAGGAAAAUUUCACUUGAAAAGUGACGGAAUUGCAUCUGUCUUUUUAAAAGAACGAAGCAGAAAACACACGUGAUAUACAAUACUUAUCGUAGGCACUUAGAAAAUUUAUAAGUAAUUAUAUUUUACUGAGAAGAGUAGGUAUGUCAAUAAUUAUUGGGUCUUUUUAUUUCUUUAAGUGAUAUCUGGUAAUCGUUUGACAAAAGAAUUCUUUAUGUUGUGGAGAAUAGUAGAUACAGGAAUGGCAAGCGCAGCAGCGGUGAAUUACGUUGUAGCGGCUCGUCUGUGGGCGGCAACUGCGGCGUGCGACAGUCGCGCAACCAGUGCGGUAACAAAAAUUAUUGUCAUCCAAUGCUUAAGUUUCCAAUCUUUAUUAUGUAGUUAUUAUUCACUUAAUACUUUACGAGAGACCCGCUACCCUCAGUUCCACUCGCGUUCGGACUACGACAGUUCUGUAUGUACCGCCGAUCGAAACGCGGUUCCGAAGAUUCCAUUAGCUUACAAAAUACAUAACUUUAACACUAGUAUUAGAUAGGUCACUAAAAUAAAAAUAGUUAUAUACAAUCUGUCGGUAACGUUCGAGAUAUUAAUUUAAGACAUAGUUCGGCGAGUAGUUCUUCACUUAUUCUCUAAUAUUACAAGAUCAGGAUUCCGUUUUUUUUUCUGUUAAGUUUAUCGAAUUUCUGUAUAGACUUAAAUCGUAUGUCUGUCAGGACCGGAAAGUUUAUUAUUAGUGAACAAUCAAAGGUCUAUCGACAUGAGCACACCGGACGACUGAUGGGAAAACGAUUUCUACAUUGUGAUAGUGUUAGAGUAUUCAUCGAUACGGCUACGCGACUGGAGUGACCAAUUUUAAACUUCGAUAAAAAACAGUUCUGUACAUUUUGUACAGUUUUUCGUCUAAAUAGAACAGCCGGGGACGGCGGCCUGUUUGUUUAAGAAGAAUGUUCGCACGCAAAGAUGGGGGUGGUUUUCUUCUUAGACUUUGCUUGGUCCUUCGAGUCUUUUGCCCGAAUGUUCCACUAGUAGCGUGGAGGUGAUCCGGAGACUCGGAGUCUGGGCUACUGGCGUGGGUCAGGCCGCCCCCGGGAAGGAAGAGGCGCCGCGCGUGGAGGUAGCAGCUCACAGUUGGUACCACUUCUUGUCCUUGUAUUUGAGCAUAAGCUGGUGCGCCGACGACGAAAACUCGCCGGCCUGCGA